AUGGAACUGCGGAAUGCGAAGAGAGAUGAGAAUGAGGAAACCCUUGAGGCCUCGGUUGUUGAGCAUGAGAAAACCCUUGAGGCCUCGGUAGUUGAGAAUGAUAAAGAUUCCGGGAAGGAUGGGGAAGGAGAAGCUGAAAAGGAUGGGAAUGAGGUUGGAGAAACCUCUUCUGGUGAUGCUAAACCGGAGGAGGCAGCCUCACUUGUAGAGGAAAAAAAACCAGAGAAUGGGACUGUUGAAGAACCCUGGGUUCUUGCUUCUGUUGAGGCAAGUUCUUCUGGAGUGCUUAAGCCAAUGGGAUUAGUGGCGAAGAAGAAAAUUGUUAAGAAAGUAAAGAAGCUAGUGAAAAGGAAGGUUAUGAAAGGCACUGCUGUUCAGGUGGCUGGUGAAGAGAAUGUCACUAUAGAACAAAGUGCAGAACCUUCUCUUGGCGAAAGCGAAAAGGAAACAAAGAAGGUUGUAGAGUCUGUUUCAGAUUCCCCUCAAUGUUAUUCGGGAAAAGAAAAAGAUUCAGAAACUUCCCUUGGAGAAGCUCCUGCAGAUGAUGAUGACAAAGUCUCUGGAGCCGAACCUUCUGGUGAAAAAACACUAGAAAAGGUGAAGGGAAAGGCUAACGUUCUGAAGAGAUUACUAAAGGGGAAAAAUGUCAAAGGGACACUUGCUCAGGGGAUGGGUAAAGAGAGUGUAGCUUCUCAAGGAGGAAACGUGAUGGAAGCUGAGGGUUCUGUGGAAGCCCCUGAAAAAGCUUUGUCAGUGCAGAAGAAACUAACAGGAAAACUGAGGGAGAAUAACAACUCGUUAGCUGUAACCGAGCAAAGCAAUGGCGUUGAGAAAUCGAUUUUGGUGGAGGUGAAUGCUAUUGAAGGAGGCCAACAAAACAUAACUGGCUUGGGUGAGGAAAAGAAACGCAAAAGAAAGAGAGGGAAAAAACAGGUUUUAAGUGCAAACAAAAAACCAAGGAAAGAAGUAGUUGCCACUGCUGAUGGAACACAGCAAGGAGUUGAAGAAAAGAUUGCUGGAUUGAUAUUUAUGUGCAACGCGAAAACUAGACCGGAUUGUUUUCGGUUUAGUGUAAUGGGUGUACAAGAGAAAAGAAAGGAUUAUGUCAUGAGUAUUAAGCCUGGUAUUAAGCUUUUUCUCUAUGACUACGAACUUAAACUCCUAUAUGGAGUUUUCCAAGCAUCCUCUGCGGGUGGGAUAAAACUUGAGCGCAAUGCUUUUGGUGGAUCCUUUCCCGCUCAGGUGCGUUUCAAGGUUGUUAAUGAUUGCUUACCGGUUCCUGAGAGCCAAUUCAAGAAAGCAAUAAAGGAGAACUACAAUAACAAAAACAAGUUCAAAACAGAAUUGACUCGUAAUCAGGUAUUCAAGCUUACAAAGCUUUUCCGGCAAGCUUCUUCUCUCCCUGCUCAACUAACCCACACUCUGCCUAACCCGGUUCCCCGUAAUGUUGACCGGAAAAGAUCCGACAGAGACCACCGUUAUACUCCUUCUGGCAGCAGCAGAACUCACCUUACCCUCGCUCAUCGCAAUGCUUCACCGCCUCCGCGCAGAGAAGAACCACCGCGUGAUUUAUUCAUCACGGAAAGAGAGUACCGAACAUACGGCUUAAGAAGACCAGAAACAAGCCAGCAUUACCCAGUUCCGCCGUCUGAUUCUUCUCACCGAGUUCCGCCCCUUGAUUCUUCUUACAGAGUUCCUUUGGAUUCCUACCAUGAGCGUCUUUCGAGACUAGAGGAGAUGGAGAGGCAUGACCGUAGUAGAGAAGUCCGUUUUCUUCCUUUACCGGAGAGAGACUACCGUCCGUAUGACCACCAUCUGAGUUCAAGAAGGGAAAUACUGGCUCGAAGCUCGCCGGAGCCAGUGGUUACUCUGGAUUCAUACAGGAGAGAUCCGUACAGAUACGAGUACCACCGUUCGCCUGAAAGACAACUACCAAGGACAUACCUGGCUCCUUCGGGAAGAGCAGACGAUGAUCUGUAUUCGCGGUAUGUUACGCCGGAUUCAUUGGCUGAGUACUACCGAUCAUCAUCAUCUCGUAGAUACCCUGAAUCUGAGCUUCUUCCUUCAUCAGUGACAUCCCGGUAUGCUUAUUCAGGGUCUUUGCCUUAUUCUCACCGCUGA